AUGGCAGGUGUCAUGUUUGCUCUGUACACUGCCACUCUUUUCGCAUUUACCAUUAAUUUCAACAAACCACCAAUCGCCUCAAACACCACCACAGACGAAGAAAACCAGCCCUCAUUUACCGCAGACAUAAGUAGGAAUGACAGCCCGACAAUCCAGCCAGGAACUGCGAGACCGCCAUCCGUUACUCAGCCAUUACGAGUGAAUACUCUUCCUAAAGACUUUGAGCCUAAACCGCAGGCCCAAGAGCACUAUCUAACGCCACAGCAGGCAGCUGAAGCGGGUAUAGAGCCACCGACACCAAUACUGAAGGUCCAAGCAAUUGAGAAAGAAAAUGGGAAAGAAAAGUCGCUCGAAGGAGAGGACAAAGGCAAGACAGCGCCUCAAGAGGAGUCGGCAGUGGAUGAUGCUUCUAUCAGUCCCAUUGAAGAAAGUGAGAAGAGAAUCUAA